UGAUUCUAUUUUAACGUUCCUACAAAACAAAACAAAAAAUAAUUAUAAAAAGAUAAUGGUGCGGUCAGGGUUGUACUGGCAACAAAAUUAGUCCCUGACCAGAUUGACAAUUUACCUAAAAAACUUUAGAUACAAUUUGUUAAUGGGAGUUAAAAUGAGUUUGUAGGAUUCGUGACAUCUUGUUAGACAUCGGAAUUUCCACACUAAUAAAUGACACUUUUUUUUAGAAGUUUUAACUUUUAUAUUGAAGGGAUCGCCUUAGUACGUCCGGUCUUUCAUGCUGCUCUGCUGCCUCGAUGACAGCUGCUUACAGUGCGCACCUCCGUGUUCCGGGAAAAAAACAAACGAUCUUGUUCACGAGACUUUGAAGGCUCCAGUCAGGAACUUCAGCAGAACAACCAUCAAGCAUGAGCUACAUGCUAACCAGCAGCCAGCAGAAAACCAUCUGCUCCCAGCUGGGAAGAGUCAAACUCCAGCUGCUGUACAAGGCCAGCAUCCAUGGUUUCACAAGUGCAGCCUUCCACCAGCGAUGUGACAACCACUGUCCCACAGUGUCUGUGGGCUAUAACGCCUCCGGUUAUGUGUUUGGAGGCUACACCCAACAACCCUUCUGUCAGUCUGGGCAGUACGUGCAUGAUGACGAGGCCUUUCUUUUCACCUUAAAUGGAGAAAAGCUCCUCAAAUAUCCAGUCACUACUCCAGCUAAUGCAGUAAGAAUGAUAAGUACCUCUGGUCCAUAUUUUGGAGAAGCAUUUGUUCUUGUCAAUGGAGGCACAGCAACAGUCUAUACCAGUCCAGGGAAUUAUUACAACUUCAAUGCUGCAGAGAUGCAUGGCGACGACCUCAACCUGACUGAGUGUGAAGUCUAUGAAGUGGAGAAAACCACAGAACUUGAGAGGCCUUGGAGGCCUAUAAACUGGGAAUCUGAGAAGAGGAAGGAGCUGAUUGAGAGUAUUAGGUUUUACAAACCAACAGUCAGCUCUGUGUCCCAGGUUCGGGUCCUGCUUAUUGGACCAGUUGGAGCGGGAAAGUCCAGCUUCUUCAAUUCAAUCAACUCUGUAUUCAAAGGCCACGUCACCAGUCAGGCCAUCGCUGGCUGCUCUACCACCAGCCUCACCACACAGUUUCGCGCCUACUCUUUAAAAGAUGGGCGAGAAGGAAAACCUCUGCCAAUCAUCUUUUGUGAUACCAUGGGACUGGAGGAAAGCACGGGGGCGGGGCUUGAUAUUGAUGACAUUAGCAGCAUUCUUAAAGGUCAUCUGCCAGACCAGUAUCAGUUCAACCCGUCUGCUCCUCUGCAUUCGGAGGCCCACGGCAAUUGCAAGUCUCCAGUUCUGAAGGACAAGAUCCACUGUGUGGCUUACGUCAUUGAUGCCUGCAAGGUGUCUAUCAUGCCCACAAAACUGGAGGAGAAGCUGGAUGCUAUCCGCAGAAAGAUCAACUUAAUGGGGAUUCCUCAGUUGGUCCUGCUCACUAGAGUAGAUGAAGCCUGCCCUUUGGUGACGGAGGAUGUGAGAAACGUUUACAAAAGUGGCUACAUUAAGGAAAAGAUGCAGGAGGUCAGCGCUCGACUCGGUGUGCCAGUGUCGUGUGUUGUUCCAGUAAAGAAUUACAGCGAGGAGUUGGAGUUGGAUCAGAACUGCGACAUCCUGCUACUCAGUGCAGUUAUCCAGAUGCUUCGUUUUGCAGAUAAUUACUUUGAUGAAAUCAAUGACCGAAUCAGCAACAUUGAAAUCAAAGAAUAAGAAUUAUUUAUGCAGCAGAUGUAUUAAACUUUGUCCAACUGUAAUGAAAUGUCCAUCCCAAUGAUCCAUCGAUUUAGCAGGUGAUUCCUAGUUCUAGUUCACUGUGCACUUCCUACUCGUGUAUUUUCCAAACCCUUGGAAUGCUGGGAGAUGUAGUCCCUCUAUUAUGUCCGAGAACUCAAGUUUCUGGUUUUCGAGCAGAGAAGAGACUUGGGAUGUACCCUAUGUCGGGAUGAUGGGAAAACGAAAGUUAAAAACUGUGUUAGUCAAAUCAGCUACAAUGUGUCCUUAACUUCCAGUAAUUACCUUCAAAAUAAAGUGAUUUUUGGUGAUGACAUUUUGACCAAAAGUAUAAAUGUAAUUAAAGUAGCCGUGAACACAAA